AUGGACAGCCCUACUUCAGAACGAGAGAAGCUUCAUGCGGCCUACUGCCCUCCCUUGGACGACGCGGCCUUUUACGCCAUCGCAUCAGACUACGAACUUCCCCAAGACCGAGACACCCUAGUUCAGGUUCUGGAGACAUUGAAGAGCAGUGCACUUGAGCAAGAAACCGCCGACUUUGAUCCUUCCGGCACAGGAGGGCCCGCAUACGCCAGAGAUGGGACUGUGACCUCGAAUUCCAACGUGGAGGACGCAUUCUCGAAUGGAGUGACGAGCAUAACAACCGGACUUUCUGAUCUAAGAUACAGAGCAACCGACAACGUAGACGGUGAGCUUGCUGGGUCCACUCUCGAGCAAGAGACAACAUGGCUCCUGAACAUUUUCCCUAACAUACCGGAGCGCGAACUGGUUAGUAUCCUGCAGAGUCACGAUGGCGCGCUCGAUAAGGCCACGGAUGAACUGCUUAACUUAUCUUUUUUGAAUCAAGGUCCCGAGGACUCCCGUGAGGAUGUGCCUGUCUUGAAGAGUGUCGACGCCUUCGCCGAGGGGAUGCAGCCGAGUCGUAAGGGCAGGAAAAAGAAGAAGACCCGAACCAACGAAUCGUCACGAGCAAGUUCAGUGUCCACUUCAAAGUAUGACGCAGAACCUUCGUCUAUGAAUGUGUGGUCUACCAUGUCUGAGGAUGUGGAAUUCAUCUGUUCCAGGACUGGCCUGCAUCCGCAGACGGUGAGAUCUGUCUAUCAUGAAAGUGGCGCUCGUCUCUCAGCUACGAUAGCCGUGUUGGCAACGAAGGAAGGCGCUCAAUACGAUCAAUUAGAGGAAGAAGUAGAUCCACUGCUUGAACUGCAGGUGGCCGAAUUUCAGAGCGAGUUCGAGCAGGUUCCAAAGUCACUGCUGUACGGAAUGCUGAUUCUUGCGCGCAAGAUACCCUCUGCGGCACAUGAGCUCUUAUCAGCCAUGACAGCUUCGAGAACAGAUGAGGAUGAUACCAGCGCUCAGAUUCGUCUCGCUGCACAAUACGCACCUCUUGACCUGAAGGAGAACACGCCAUUUGAGUCGACAAGCUCACCGAAGAGCAAUGCCUGGGUUGGAGCGAGUCGACCUUCUGCAGCUGUCCAAAGAGCCGCGGCGACUCAAAGCUACAGUCAAGCCACGUCGGCUUGGAAGAAGAGCAAAUCCGACCGGCUGUUCGGUGGGGCGGCGGCAUACUAUGCAGAAGUUGGACGCGAACGAGCCAAUGCAGCGAGAGCCCUUCAAGCUGAAGAGGCGGAUGCUUUGGUGCUGCAACAGUCAUCUCCAAGCGUGCUGGAUCUACACGGAGUCAGUGUCCAAGAUGCCGUCCGUCUCGCGGGCCGUAAAACCCAAGACUGGUGGGAUGGUCUUGGAGAUAGCAAGUACGCCUCAUCUGGGGCGAAUGCUGCGAGAGCAAGCUUUAGGAUAGUAACGGGAGUCGGCAGUCACAGUAAGAACCACGCUCCUCGCAUAGGACCUGCAGUGAGCAGGAUGCUGAUCAGGGACGGUUGGAAGAUUGAGAUUGGCCAUGGUGAAUUGAUAGUUACUGGGAAAAGCCGCAAGUGA